GCGGAAGCGAAUCUAACUGCGUGAUGUUUGCACAUCUAUGAAAUACAAAACAUUUAGUCAUCAAAUGAUCUAUGGCUCGGGAUGUAUUAUCAUCUGUCGACUCGCAGCCCAUUCCUAGAGGGUAAAACAGUGCAAUACAUUCUAGUUGGUGCUCUUUGAUGACAUCACCUCUGGCCCUUACGUUCAGCCUUUGCUUGGGUGUCAAGAAGAACCAUGGCCUCUGCCGACCCUUUGAAGCCCGGGUCAGAAGACCGAGAGCAGGUGCAAGUAAAAGUCCAAGGUCAGGAGUCACUGCAAAAGCAAAACCACUACUUAUGCGGCUCUAUGGCAGCGUUCGCCAACAUUGCCAUCACAUUUCCAAUUCAUAAAGCAUUGUUCCGCCAGCAUCUGUUUGGGCUGCGGGUGAGGGAGGCCGUGCUUCAGCUUCAGGCCGAUGGUUUGCGCACUCUGUACCGAGGUAUCCUCCCGCCCUUGCUUCAGAAAAGCAGCACCAUCGCGAUUAUGUUUGGACUCUAUGAGGACUUCUUGAGGUUGCUACAGCUACAUGCCCCUCAUGCCCCUGAGCUGUUGACUCAGAGUGUCGCUGCGGUUUGGGCAGGAACAGCUGAAGCCAUACUAACUCCCUUUGAGAGGGUCCAGACUCUAUUGCAGGACCCUCGGCAUCACGGGAACCUUCAGAACACAGCCCAUAUUUUCCGAAUCUUACUGAAGCAACAUGGCAUUCAGGAGCUUUAUCGAGGCUUGGUGCCCAUUUUACUCAGGAAUGGGCCCAGUAAUGCGUUAUUCUUUGGUUUGCGUGGACCGCUGAAGGAACUGCUUGCUGAGGCGGAGACAAAUGCAGGGAAUUUGGUGAAUGAUUUUAUAUGUGGGGCGAUUUUGGGAGCGGGGCUCGGGGUUGUGUUUUACCCGCUGAACGUUGUUAAGUCUCAUGCACAAGCGCAGAUCGGAGGGGAGUUUCAGUCUUGCAGAACGGUUUUGAAGGCGGUUUUGAGAGAGAGGGACGGGAGGGUGAGCGGCCUGUUUCGGGGGGUACAUUUGAAUUUCCAAAGAUCUGUUUUUUCAUGGGGGAUCAUAAAUGCUACAUAUGAACUUCUACUUAAAAUGUUCUAGGUUGUAGUAAAAGUAAACAACUAAAACACAUAAUUAUGGAAUGUUUUCAACAAAUUUGUAUAGACUACUGAUUGUAUGUUUUUUUAUUUUUACAGUUUCUUGCAAAUUUCAUCACAAAGACAGACAUUCAUAUUGGAAAGAAUAUAUAUAAAUGAAAAUGAUGACCAAAUUUUAGGUUUUGUUUGAAAUAUGCCAGUUGUCCUCAUAUGUGACCCUGGAUCACAAAGCCAGUCUUAAGUAUAAUCGGAACAUUUUUAGUAGUUUUAGUUUAGGUCAAAAUUAAAGAUUCUUCUUUUAUGCCAGAAAUCAUACGGAUAUUAAGUAAGGAUCAUGUUCCAUGAAGAUAUUUAGUUAAUUUCCUACCGUAAAUUUAUUAAAACUUUAUUUUUGUGAGUGGAUGGCCUUCUACGGUGUUAUUGAUCCACAACUUAAAAGGACAUUUUCUAAAAUAUUUGAUAUUUUUGCACUCUCAGAUGCUGUAGUUUUAAACAGUUGUAUCUCUGCCGGAUAUAGUCCUAUUCUAACAACUCAUACAUCACUAGGAAGCUUGUUUAUUCAACUUUCAGAUUAUUUAAAAAUCUCAAUUUCGCAAAAUUUACACAUAAGACUGGUUUUGUCAUCCUGGGUCACAUAUUGCUCAGUCCUAUACAAAGAUAGACUUUAAAACAGCGCUUUUAUAAAUUGCUGCAUUAACUCAACAUCUGAUAUUGAAUUAAUCAAAAGUUCACCAAAAAAUGAAAGAUCUGUCAUCAUUUAUUUACUCGCGCUUGUCAUUUCAAACCUUUAUGACUUUCUUUUGAACAAUACAAAAAUAAUUUGUAUCCAAACAACAGCGGUACCCAUUCACUUCUAUUGUAGUCAAUGGGGAAUGCCAUUGUUCAGGUACCAACUUUAUUAAAAAUAUCUUAUUUCGUUUUCUUCGGAAGAAAGAAAGUCAUCCAGGUUUGAAAUGACAAAAGGGAGAGUAAAUGAUGACAGACUUUUCAUUUUUGGUUGAACUGUUCCUUUAAAAGUUUCACAUAUCACUGACCUCACCACACUCGGGGUAUCUUGUGUUUUGUUCCCAGAUGUGCUGUCAUCUCUUAAAUAGUAAAGUAUGUCAUCUAAGGGUGGGAAAUGCCAUAGUUUACAGACUGGUGGCAGUUUUAUCUAGUUUAGCUGAGUUAGCUUUAGCGUCAACGCUGUAGAUUCAAGUCACAAAGUGACGCCUUAAAUUCUAGUCCAAGUCAUGCGGAAACCAGUAAACACAUGGGUCAGUUUGGUGUUUGUGGUCUCUGUAGCUUUCAAGUUGAAUCCAAAUCAUCCCUUCUGAGCCAAAAUGUUUCAUGCUUUGAACCCUCUGAAGCUAUAACACAUUAUUCAGUGGCAUAAGCAAUGAUUUGGCCAUGCUUGGUUUAUGUUACUCAUUGCGCUAAAAGCUUUCUGGAAUCGCUUCCAAAUAUAGUGGGAUUUUAGGACGGAAGACCACAGACUGUGAAACGCAAAUUUGGAAAAGUGAUAAUGUGCAGUUUGGAUUAUAUUUGACCUGUGCAAAUGUAAUUCUGUUCUGUUUUGUGGAAUUAGGUGGAAUUUAGGUGAUUUUCAGCCUUCUUUGGUUUGUUACAAUGUCGAACGUAUGCAAACGAUCAAUAUUUACUCUUCAUGUUACCUGGACGAAAAAGGUGUUUUUUUUCUUCUUCUUAAAAGUACCACAACAAAGCAGGAAGGCAAAGAUACAAAAAAAUUGUUAUAAAAAAUGAUGCUCUUUAUUUUCGACACAAGUUUAUCUGCCCUUACCAAAAUGUCUCUUCUUGUGACCUUGGGUAUAGUUUAAAGGGGCACAACCUUUUCAUUCAUUGACCCUGAACAGCCAACCCUGUUGUUUAGCUUGAUAUUGUCGAAUGAUAAAUCCAGCCAAAUAUGUGAAGAGGGCUUGUAAAACAGAAUUCUGUUCAGUUCGCACAUCCUUUGUUUAAAGUCGCAUGAGUGACCAUGCAGGGCUGGACCGACCGCCGAUGUGUACAGAGCUGAAUAACUGGUCAUUGUCCACUUCUGCUGUGUGGACAAAACUUGUUUUGUAGAAAAGGGUUUAUAGUUGUUGUCAUUAAAAAUGGACAUGUCAUUAAAAUAUUGUAAGCAAAAUACACUUACACGAGUUAAAAACACAAUGUUUAAACACCUGCAUGUGCUCUGAGAGAUAAAAAGUUAAAGGGAUAGUUUAUCCAAAAACGAAAAUACAUACUAGUUUUAAAAUACCUUCCUCAAAAGAAUGCUACCCUCAUCACUGUUUAGUUGAAAACAAUGAAAGUGAAUGGUGACUGAGGCCCAACAUUAGAAAUACAUUUUGGGGUGAACUAGUAAUUAUUCAUAAUUACCCAUUAUUGUUCUGCUUAUAUAGUACAUUCAACCAAGAAAUAAUCCUUUAUAUAAUUUCAUUAAGGCUUCUGUUACAUAUUUUAUCCAUAACUUUUAUUUUGUGUUAGCGUUCCUGUGAACGCUAGCAUCAUUGUCUUCAUUUCAAAGCAACCUGUAAGUAAAAUUCUACACAUAUUCUGAUAGUUCUGGCUCACUUUCAAUGCAUGGACAGAUUUUGGCACAUCGUUUACAGGAAGUUCCUUUGGUUUUGUGACCUAGUUAGCACUGAUUUUGAUAAAGUAGAGCAACCAAUCGACCUAGAUUUGCCACACAAACUAUGGCUUUAUUAAAUGAAGGUGUGGGUAUAAAAACUAUUUUUGUGUGCAGAGUGAUACAUUUUGCAGACGGGAUACGGCAGACAUUUGUUAAGUGUUUCAGCGACACAUGAACAGAUUUUAUCUGUUCACCUACAAAACUCCUGAAAUACUGUUCUGUACUUUUUGAGAUGUCAGUGUGACCACCCGUGAAUUCAUGUUUUGUUCUAACUUUAGUUCCAUUGUUGUUUAUGUAUAAUUAAUGAUGUUUGUAUUCUUUUUUUACUCACUGUCUUUAAAAUCACUGCGUUUUAAUAUUGUUCUAGUGUAUUUCUAGCGUACAACUGUUGGGUAGUAGUUUGGUGGGUUGUUUCAAGCCAAACUACUCGGUUGUUUUAGCACAUUACUGGGUCAAAUAUAAACCGUUAUGGGAUCAUUUAACCCACUGACUGGAUUUGUCUAUUUUUGAACGCUGGGUUGGUAGUAACUCUACAUCAUUAGAUGCCUUGUAUUGGCAGGCUUAACUUUUUCGCUCUGCUUUAAUGUAAGUCUUUGUAAUAUGGUAUGUGAAGUGUUUAUAAAUGUGACAUGUUGUUUGCACUACACAUUUAGCCAUGUGUUAAUUAUUGUGUAUUAUAGUUACAUAAAUAAACGUGUGGGUAAAACAAAAGAAAAGCCAUUAUAACUUAAAUUGACCUUUACUUGAAUCUAAUGACCUAAUGGUUAUUCUAUACUUUUUGACCCAAAGUCAUUGCAAUACUAGUUUAAAUUAGGAUAUCUUCCAAUGUAACUUUUACAAGAGUAAGCCAGUUUUAUUGGCACCUUAGUUCUGUAAGGACUUCAAAUCAUUCUUGUUUUAAUCGUUUAUUGAUGAGACAUUGUGUGUUCCCGCCUCAAAAGACAUUUUGUUCAUGUGUUAUUGAAAACACAAGGCCUACACAUUGCUUAACUGCUAUCUCAGUGCAUAUUAAUAAUGUCAUAUUCAGUGAUUGCAAGUGAUUUCUCUCUUUUUUAUAUGCACUAUGCAGUAAGCACUUGCAUUUCCUUUCAAAGGUAGCCGUUGUUUCCAUUAAUGUGAACUAAAGAACAUCAUCCAACAGGGGGCGACCAUAUCAAGAUUAAACCACCUGAAAAGCUCUUCAAUGGUCCGGAAAGUGUUUUAAAUCUUACCUAAAUGUUAUUCUUUGCCACACAGCUUGCUGGCAUUCGAGCUAAUUGUUGUUGUAAGCACUUACAGGAAAACAUAUAUAUAAACUAUAAUGGCAACACCUGCCUGUUACCUGCUCUAUUAUGUCCAGCAAUUCAUUUUGCUUACAUAUACUGCAGAGAGAGAUUGACUAAUAUCAGUUAUCUGCACAAAUCUAUACAGAUUAUAGCUACAGUUGUUGUUGUUAUUGUUAUUUAUUAAUUUGCUUGUUAUGCUGUUUUAAUUCUUACAAGUUCAAAUAAUAUAUUUGCAAUAUAAGG